CGGUAUUAUGGCAAUGACGACGACGAUGACGACGACGACUCGAUAAAGUCGAGUAUUCGACGGAAAACCGCACGUUAACCAGUGAUGUGAACCAUCUUCGAUCAACGAUAGUUGUCUGUUAGUUGAAUAAAAAAUAAUUGUGCGUACACGAGUCGAAUGCAUUAUCAUAUUUACUGUUUUUUAAGUCGAAACCCUCACCUCACGGUUAAUCGUGUUAAUUGCAUUCAGUCAGCAUUCUACGAACAAAACAUCGUGUGCGUGACAAUUACCUUAUAUAAGGAUUCGCAUUGUUUUUACUCCAGUCAUUAGCUAAGUGCCGGAUUUUCUGCACGUUUCUGCUUUUCUUGACAUUCUCAUGAAUCAGAAAAUGAGAAUAUUGUUGGUCGCGCUUGCGAUGCUCAUAAGCGUCGAAGCUAGAGCUCAGGAUUGGGGGAAUGGUUUCAAUAAUCCUGGAUUUGGCAAUGGAAGAGGAAAUAACUAUGGUUAUGGCCCAGCUUGGGCGUAUCCGGUACGACAGAACUACCUGCAAAAUAUUGCAUUGGGCUCUAACGUUGAAUGGGUAUGCCGAAAUUCGCAGACGAACGAUGUGAUGAUCAUUGCUGUCGACAACACGCAACAAACUUCUAAUAGGGGGCCGUGGCAAUGGCAGAACCUUCCACUAUAUGGCCAUAGACACCAACAAGAUGGACAUCAUUGGACUCAACCAAUUAUUGUCAUUCAACAAGGAACCAAAGAUAGUAACAAUGAAGGAAGUAACCAAACGCCAUUUCCAACUACAACUAUUGGAACAUAUAACGAUAACAACAAUAAUCAACCGACUACAACAUCGGGAACACAUAGCAACGAUGAUCAACCGCAAACCACACCGCAAUAUCACGGUGGAGAAGGAUUAAUCGAUAUAAGAUUCGGAAAAAAUAGUGCUUGAAGAACGUAACGCGAAAAAGAAAGAUUCAUACAUAAGCUGUAAUAGAAAAUGAUAAUGUCUACAACUGAAUAUGUACAUUGAAUGAUGUAUAUUUGGAGUCACAUUAAAUAUAUCACAAUUAGUCAUUAGCUACA